AGUGCUGUGAGUCAACGACUUUGUGUUGUAGUGAAUUAUGUAUGUAUGCAUCACGCCCUUUGCUCGGUACCGAGCCGCUGUCAUUGCUAAUUGCCAUAUCCCCGGAAGCUCAGCAAGUGACGAGCAAGGGGCGCCACAGGAAUUUUGAGAGAAUUGAAUCGCCUGAAUUUAGGCUGCCUUUUUAUAGCAAGAGGACCUACGGCGUUGAAGAGCUGCUCUGAUGUAUUUAAUCGCUUACCUGUCAGGGUUCGUGCCAUUAUUCACUCCUCGACACGACAACUGAGCGUCUGCUCGUUCAAGCUCACUCCACCACCCAAGCAACCGACUUCUAGCCGCAAGACAUUGCGCUGGCAACGAUUCAACGACGACGCUCUCAUUUUGGGACGACGCAAUACAACAUAAUGUCUGUCGGACACAGGCCCUCUUGUGGCGUACGAAUGGCUUCGAGUUUUCUACCUCUACUCCCGACUGAUGUUUCUUGGCCGUCGAGUAAACGAGUCGUACCAAUGGAUUGUUCGUUGCCGUUGACCUCGUCGUAUCAGAGUGCCGGAUGUGGGAGCUUCACGGGAGAACACACGGCGAACGGGAGCCGAUUCGCUCUGCCACCGGUCGAGACGCUGGCGAAUCACCAAGAUUACGAGAUCGGAUACCCUCUGAGUGGCAGUGGCGGUGACGAGUCGAUUGGAGGUUUCUCUCACUCGAGACCACUCAAGCAUCUCACCGAACUCCAGCCGGUCUCUCAGAGCAGUCACGAAAUCGCACGGACUCUACUUCGUCUCAAACACAGUGUACUCGCCACGUCGCAGGCGGACGGACUAGAAGGGAUGGCUUUUACAUCGGGUCUUAAUUUUCUUCCCGACUCGGAUCUGUUGCGCGCGGGCGCGUAUUCGAUGCCGCACAUGGGAACAGAAGUCAAUCACAGUCACGGAAGCGGACAUCCUAUGCUUCCGUCCGUUACGAUGACGGCCGGCUUUCACGGACCGAAUGGACCGUGGCAUUCGCCUGCACUCUUCGCGUCGGGCGACAUCAAACCGCAUCCGUUCUUUUCUCACGACUCGCACGGUCCCAUGCCCGCCGGUUUCUUGAAUCCGGUUGGCAUACCGAGCGGACCUAUGCCGCCAACACAAUUCGACACCGCCAGCGAUGCUUUCAAAACAUCGUCAUCAUCCAACCAGGCUGGCUCGAAGAACAAAAACAACACGUGUCAUAUAUGUGGAAAGAAAUACGCUCGUCCGUCGACGCUCAAGACGCACUUGAGAACGCACAGCGGAGAAAAACCCUACUGCUGUCAAGUCUGCGGAAAGUCGUUCACUCAGGCCGCUAAUCUGACCGCUCAUCUGCGCACGCACAGCGGCGAAAAGCCGUUCCAGUGCAAGAUCUGCAGUCGACGCUUUAGUCAGUCUUCGUCCGUCACGACUCACAUGCGAACGCACAGCGGCGAGCGUCCGUACCAGUGCAAAAUAUGUCAACGCACGUUUGCGGACACGUCGACGUUGACGAAGCACAUCCGCACGCACAGCGGCGAAAAACCGUACAAAUGUAAGGUAUGCGGCCUCGCCUUCUCGCAGUCGGGCAACCUGAAUCGACACAUGAAGACUCACAACAAGCAUCGCGAUGAACGGGAGACGAGCAGCAACGGGUCGAUUGUAUCUCCAUGAAAUUCGUAUAUCAGCAGAGGUCCAUAGACAAGCAACAAGCUCUUAGCUUGGUGUUGUACUGUAUACACGAGAUGAUUCAACUGGCAUAUUUACAAAUCGACACAAGACGUCUAGUGACUGCACAGCAUCUGUGCAUAACUUAGAUGACUUUCACACACUUCUAGAGACCGUAGAGAUUGUGUUAGUUUCACCUAGUUCGUUAGCUUCUUGCGUGACGUGACGCUGCGUUUUUUUGUUUGAAGAGGCAGCACCUAGUUUUAUUAUUUGCAGAUCGAUAUGUGUGGGAACCGACAUUGCACCAUUGCUGAUUUAGUUUGAGAGCCUGUACUAUUGAGACAAUAUUCUGACAUAAUAAAGAUUUGGUGACCAUA